AUGAAAGUGACCAUUCAGUCCGACUCCACGUCGUUGCAGUUCAUCUGUGCGGCUUUUGACAGCGACUGGUUCCUGGCGAAGCGCAUCUCGGUCGUUGUGGACCCGACAUUCCGCCCCGGCAUUGUUGCCUUGCGACGCGAGCGUUUUUUCAAUGUCCCAUCUCGCAUGGAUUUGUCAGGAGAACGGAUCCGUGAAUACCGACAAGCUGUGCCGGCUUCGGCGACUUUGGCCCAGACCCAGGAGGGCAUGACAAUUGCCUGGCCCGUGGUGCCUCCUAUACCAGAAGGCGAGGAGGACCAGUUGAAGCGAGACUUUCAGCUGCAAAGGUCACCGGCCAGACCAGCGAGCUGGCUCCGAGAGUUGCAGGCCUCCUGGGCCGCCGGGGCCGCGGCUGCCCGCGCAGAGCGCGAGCACACGGAGCCGGCGCCAUCGUGGCCGCCGACCCUGCCGGAGUCCCGGCCGCCCGAGAAGCCGACGUCACAGGUGCAGAUCGCCGAGCCCGUCACGACAAAGGACGCAGGACUUGUGCCUCUUGUGCUGACACCGACCUACUUUCAUUUCAGGAGCGAUACCUGA